ACACUCCAUCACUCCAUAAUCCAACAAAAUGAAUCACCUUCCAUUUUCGAUUCUACUUAUCGCCACCCUCCUCCUCUUCACCUCCUCCUUCUCCGUCGUCGAUUCCACCAUCGCCACCGCUCCCACCGCAGCUACACCAGCCCCUUCCCCUAUUCCAAGUACGCUUGGAUGCGAUGACAAGUGCGAGAAAAGGUGCGCGAACGCCGGAUACAAAGAACGGUGUUUGAAGUAUUGUGGGAUUUGCUGCGGGAAAUGCCAGGGUUGUGUUCCUUCAAGUCCCUAUGCAGACAAGGGAGAGUGCCCUUGCUAUCGUGACUUGAAGAACUCUAAGGGCAAAUCCAAAUGCCCUUAGUUUCAACUUUUUAUUUAAAAGGAAAUUAUUAUUAUUAUUAUUAUUGUUGUUGCAGAGUGCAAAUAUGGAUCUAUUUCUACUUGGUGCUUCUCUGUGGACAUCUUAAUGUUAAAUCAAUAAAAAUUUUACUUAUGUA